AACAGAGAUCAGAUGAAGUUCAGCUAUGAGUUCAGUAACUUGUGCGGUACGGUGUACAAGGGAGGAAACCUCAUUUUCAGUCCAGACAGUAACAAGCUGCUCAGUCCAGUCGGCAGUAGGAUCACUAUCUUCGAUAUGAAGGGCAGCAAGACGGUGACAUUACCAUUUGAAACACGUAAAAACAUGGAAUGUUUCGCCCUGUCACCCUGCGGUAACAUGUUGGUUUGUGUCGAUGUGGAGGGCCGAGCUAUCCUUAUAAACCUCAGAAAAAGGGUAUUACUGGCACACCACAACUUCAAAAAGCCCGUCAGUGCCAUCAGCUAUUCCCCGGACGGAGCCCACAUUGCAGUGUCACACGGCAAGCACGUGCAGCUGUGGUGCGCGCCUGGCACCAGUAAAGAGUUCACUCCUUUCACUCUAGUGCGCACUUACCCUGGACAAUACGAUGAGGUGUCUACGAUAAGUUGGAGCGCGUGUUCCCGUUACCUAGUAUGUGGAAGUGUGGACAUGACAGUUAAAGUGCUCUCUCGUGAACCAGAAGAGAACUUUGUACCCGUUACCCUGACGGGACACAAGCGCAGCGUGGUGGGCGCCUGGUUUGGACCUGGUGGUGCGCAAGAGGUUAUCUCAGUCAGUGCUGACGGUGGUAUGUUUCUGUGGGAACGCAGUGCUCUUACUGGUAAGUGGAGUGUUUUGUCUAAAAACUUUGUGAAUCAAGCUGGAGGAAUACACAUAACUUGUGCUGCUCUGCGAUCUGCUCUUCUGGUCGUCGGGUUAUCCAAUGGUCAGUUCACGUUGUAUGACCUCCCCACAUUUGACCAGAUACACACCCUCUCAAUCUCCCAGAAAGAUAUCUCUACAGUUUCCAUUAGUCCUUCGGGAGAUCUGCUAGGGUUUGGGUGUCGGGGGCACGGUCAACUCCUGGUAUGGGAGUGGAAGAGUGAGACAUACGUUCUUAAACAGCAGGGUCACAGUUACAAUAUGAAUUGUGUGUCUUACAGUCCCGACUCUCUUGCUAUUGCUACUGGGGGAGACGAUGGUAAAGUAAAGGUAUGGAGCACAGAAACAGGGUUCUGUUACGUCACAUUCAACGAGCACACUGCUGGAGUAACUGAUGUGCACUUUAGAAAGACUGGAAAUGUCGCUCUCUCUGCUAGUUUAGAUGGGACUGUCAGAGCUUUCGAUCUUUACAGGUACCGGAAUUUCCGGACGAUGACCUGUCCUACACCGGUUCAGUUUAGUUGUGUCUCAUGUGAUGCUAGUGGUGAGAUUGUAGCUGCUGGAACUACGGACACUUUCCAGGUAUGUACGUGGAACAUGCAGACUGGAAGAUUGUUGGAACUGUUGUCUGGACACGCUGGUCCUAUCUCCUCUCUCGUAUUUACUGAAGGAAUGUUGGUAUCCUCCUCUUGGGACAAAACAGCUCGAGUCUGGGACACGUUUGAGCGGAAGGGAACCACCGACACCCUGACACUUUCCUCAGACUGCACUGCUGUUGUGGCUAGUCCUGACAACACUCAGAUAGCGGUAGCGACGUUGAACUCUGAGAUAACAUUCUACAACCUGAAGUUAGGAGUAACUGUAGGAAGUGUGGAGGGUAGGAACGACCUGUGGGCGGGACGGUCUAAGGACGAUCUCAUAUCAGCUGACUCGCAGAAACUUAACCGCUGCUUUACCAGUCUCAGCUACAGUGCUGAUGGUAGUGUUAUUCUCGCUGGUGGCAGGUCAAAGUACAUCUGUAUAUACAACGUAGAACAAACAGUGCUGAUAAAACGCUUUGAAGUGUCCCGGAACCUGUCCUACGAUGCGAUGCUCCAGUUCCUGCGCAGUGAUAACAUGACAGACCAGGGUCCACUAGAUCUCAUGGAGACAGGAGAGCACGAGCACGGUUCAGAGAUAGCCCUACCUGGUGUCUCCAGGGGAGACUUCUCCAAGCGCAGAGUGGAACCCCAGAUAAAUGUACAGUCUGUACAGUUCUGUCCUACUGGUCAAAGCUGGUGUGCUGCCACGACAGAGGGGCUGUUGAUAUACUCCCUGGACAAUACCCUGACAUUUGAUCCUGUUGAUCUGGACACGGACAUCACACCUCAAACAAUGAGAGCUGCACUCGUCUCAGAAUCGUACCUGCGAGGGCUGGUUAUAAGUUUGAGACUUAAUACAGCUGAACUGGUAGUAGAAGUGCUGGAGCAAGUUCCCCAAGAUCAGAUCCAUUAUGUGGUUGGUGCAUUGCCGUUACAUCACGUCACUUCACUGCUCAAAUUCCUUGUUGAUCAGUUGAGUACGUCUAGACAUCUCAACUUUUACCUCUUGUGGAUCAGCAGCAUUUUAACAACCCACGGUCUGGCACUAAAGAAAAGUUCAUCUCAGAUAAUGUCCACUCUGAACGGAAUCAUAUCAGCUCUUACUGCUCAAACUAGAACUUUGAGUUCACUGUGUGAUAGCAAUCAGUAUUUCUUGGAUGUCAUAUUAACUCUCGGAAAAGUUCAGAAAUCUAACAAUUUGUUGAGCGUUGAAAUGGACGUACUCUGAUGGGAAAAGCUUUUUAAUAUAUUUCCUUUAAUCUUUUUUAGGGUAACUUAUUGUACUUUUUAAAUUAUAUUUUUAACAUGCACUCGAUCAAAUAAUGCUUUUGCUGUCCAAAAUAUCUAAUUUUUUCAAA